AAUUAGAGUACUUAGUUUAUUUAAUUAGAGUACUUAGAUUAUUCUAAUCUGUUGUUCACCUAUUUGUUGAACCAUGAAGCCUUAAAUCAUUAUCAUGGCUCAUGGUGAUCUUUCCGAGCUUCUUCAGCAGCGGUACGACGAGAACCAUAGGGGAAGGAUGAUAUUCACAGGACAGCAGUUGGGUCCGUUACGAGCCCGGAGUGUGCACAAGAUUAAGGAGUUGGACCCUCGAUUCCACGAGCCACUCGCACGGGCGGGACUACUACCUUUCGCUCUCAUGAUGGCCGGAGCUCCCAUGGAGGUCGGCAGUAGGACACCUCUGCCGGCGAUUGAUGAGGCACUGCUCACAGGUCUCGUCGACCGGUGGCGUCCUGAGACGCACACGUUCCACUUUCCUUUUGGCGAGAUGGCUGUAACAUUGAGGGACGUGGCCAUGCUGACCGGGCUACCAAUCAGGGGCGCCCCGUUAAUAGUUUCGCGACCCGCAAGGGAGGAGUGGAAGGGUUAUGUUGCGGAUAGGUUUGGUGUGCAAUACGACGGGAAGGAUGCUGGCCUCUCCAUGUCCUGGGUUCAUGGGCUCCCACAGUUCGGUCCAUGCCCACUGGAUGCGGACGAGGCUACACUUAUGCAGCACUAUGAGGUGUACUUGUACAUCCUGCUCGGAGGCAUCAUGUUCUGUAAUACAGCAGGCGAUUAUGUCGUCCCCCAUAUUGUAUGGUUAGCAGCCCACCUCACGUCACAUCCUUUUGAGCCUACAUCUUACAGUUGGGGAUCUGCAGUGUUGGCUGCAACCUACAGAGGUUUGUGUGAUGCAACCCAGCGAAUAAAGAGGAAGGCAACUAUUACAGGGUGCCUACACCUCUUACAGCUAUGGAGUUGGGAAUACCUCCCGGUUUCCAGACCUUGGGUGCUCAAGUGCUACUACCCAGUCCACAUCUCUGAUGGUAUUGCCGAUGACAUAAGGCCAACGAUGGGGUAUCGGUGGAUUCAUGCCAGGCUAAGAUGGAGUCAGCAGCAAGACCAUGGUAACUACUCCAGGGUGAUCAGUGACCUGGACGUCCUCAGCGCUGAUCUAGUGGAGUGGGAUCCAUGGCGUAUGGCACGAGUAGAAGAAAUUGCAGAUGGUGGACUCAUCGCAUCCUCUUGUAGCCGUGACGCAGACUUAUGGUUGACCACAUGCUUCUUGUUGUACAUGAACUACGUAGAAGUAUAUUCUCCAGAAUGUGUACAGAGGCAGUUCGGGUAUCGACAAGUGGUGCCAGUACCACCACCACGAGACGCCGGACGGGCGCACGAGUAAGUGUGUUAUUGUAUGUUGCCUUAGUACAUUGGUUAUCCAUGUUAACAAAUUAUAACUGUUUAUGUCACGUACAGGAGGAGCUCACAGGGGGGUGGAGGCAUGCAGAACUGGGCAUCCAAGAAUGCCGACUACAUACGGAGGUGGACAGAGUCAGCUGCGGUGGAUGUCAUCAUUACUACUGGACAA